CUCCAUUUUCAAGUAACUCCAUAUCUUACUACUUCUACAAAUCUUAUAGCUUCUUUUUUUCCCUUCUAAUUAGUUCUUUAAUUAAUUAGCUCAUAAAUUUAACCUUAGCUUAAUUAGAACACUAACCACUCUAGUUUAAUUUCCAUUACCACUAUAUAUCCCCUUUCUUCUUUUGUUCAAAUCUAGCUAAGUUAGCUAAGCUAAGCUUAUAAGCUCAUCAAUCAUCAAACAUGGUUUCUCCAGCCGUUGCUCGAUUCGCCGUCGGUAUUCUAGGGAAUAUCAUCUCUUUCUCCCUCUACUUAUCUCCCAUGCCAACAUUUAUAAGGAUAUGCAAGAAGGGAUCAGUAGAGCAAUACUCAGCAACUCCAUACUUGCUCACAUUCUUAAACUGCAUGUUAUGGACUAUUUACGGAAUGCCAUUUAUCCAACCUAACAACAUUUUGCUAUCCACCAUUUCCGCAAGUGGUUGUGUUAUUGAGUCAGUUUAUUUGAUGCUCUUCAUCAUUAACACUCAGAACAAGAAGAAGAAGAUCACUUUGAUCCUUCUUGUCCUCGCCGAGGUGCUCGCCGUCGGUAUCGCGUUGGCGUUGGUGCUCACCUUCACUCACACCACCAAACGCCGUACUCAAAUUUUUGGGCUACUUGGUGAUGUUAGUGGCGUUCUUAUGUAUGCCUCUCCGUUAGCCGUCAUGAAACAGGUGGUCAAAACUAAAAGUGUGGAAUAUAUGCCGUUGGCUGUCUCAGUGACUUGUUUUGGAAGUGCAGUUAUCUGGACUUUAUAUGCCAUCCGCCCAUUCGAUCCCUAUGUUGUUGCUCCAAAUGGAAUCGGGUGUUUUCUUGGGCUGGCCCAAUUGAUGCUUUACGCAGCUUAUUACAAGUCCAGUAAGCAACAAAUUGCUGAUAAACAAAAUGCGGAAAUUGAGAAAAUUGAAAUGGGCCUUAAAGAAGUUAUUGUGGUUACCAAGGAGCCCAGCAAGGUUAAUGACUAUCCUACCCUUAAGACGAUGGAAAAUGAUUUUGCCCCUAAUCUUUAAUUUGUACUACGUAAUUGUAUUAGUAAAGCUCUUGGCUUCUCUAAAUGUUUUACUUAUUGUUAUUGUAUGUAUUCAAAACUUUAGUAAUCAUUUGUUUGGCAGGAGUAUUUUUCUUGGAAAUAAAUUUUUCUUUGUCGCA